AUGCUCUACGGGACAGCUUGGAANAAAGAACGAACAGCCAGUCUGGUCAACCAAGCCCUCCGAGCAAGCUUCCUCGCCAUCGACACCGCCGCCCAACCAAAACACUACCAAGAACAUCUCGUCGGCAAUGGUGUUCGCUCAUUUCUAUCAACAAACAACUUGACCCGUCAAGAUCUAUAUCUGCAAACGAAAUUCACCUCGAUCAAUGGUCAAGACCCUAAUAAUCUACCUUACGACCCAUCAACCAGCAUCACAGAGCAAGUCAAAGCUUCUGUUGCCUCUUCCCUACACAACCUCCGCCACACCGAAAACACAGACGAAAGCUAUAUCGAUUGUUUGGUUUUGCACAGCCCUCUGCCAACCACAACCCAAACCAUGGAAGCUUGGGAUGCCAUGUCCUCCUUCGUCCCCACAAAAGUACACUCCUUGGGCAUCUCAAACACUUCGCUUCCAAUCCUAAGGCACAUCUGGGACAACAGUACUAUAAAGCCAAAAGUAGUCCAGAACAGAUUCUAUGCAGCGACUGGAUGGGAUAUCGCGCUCAGAGAGUUUUGCACGGAUAACGGCAUCAUGUAUCAGAGUUUCUGGACGUUGACGGGGAAUCCUGAGAUACUUGGUGGACAGCUUGUUCAAACGGUUGUUGAGCAAGUGGGUGUUAGUGCAGAGGUUGCGCUUUACUCUCUUGUUCAGGGACUCGGUAUUACGCCGAUCAAUGGUACGACGUCUCACAUUGAGAGCGACGUGGCUGAGUUGUUGAAGCUGGAGCACUGGAAAGCGGAAGGUCACAAUACAGAGACAUGGGAGAAAUGUGUCAGGAUAUUGGAUACAAUGCUCAGAGAGUGGGCAUCUAGUCUGGAGAAUCGAGCGAGAUGA